UUUGGGAUCCUGAGAAAAUAAACAACCAAGGGAAUGCCUCCUUGCUUGACUUUGCAGCCAUUUCUGGAAUGUACUUUCCAGAUACCUCCUUGUUUUAGUUUUUAGCAGAAGCUUUUACUUAAAAGAAAAUAAUGCUGUUUAUUUCGUGUGUCUUGGAGACCCUCUGUUGAAGAAUCACAGUCAUGAAUGGCUUUAGAGUCCUGCUUCGAAGCAACCUAUCCAUCCUGUUGCUGCUAGCUCUCUUGCACUUUCAGUGUCUGGGUCUGGAUGUUGAUAGUCGAUCUGCGGCAGAAGUCUGUGCCACACAUACCAUUUCACCAGGACCUAAAGGAGAUGAUGGUGAAAGAGGUGACACAGGAGAAGAAGGCAAGGAUGGCAAAGUGGGACGCCGGGGACCAAAAGGAGUGAAAGGAGAGUUGGGUGAUAUGGGAGCCCAGGGUAAUAUUGGCAAGUCUGGCCCUAUUGGCAAGAAGGGUGACAAAGGGGAAAAGGGUCUGCUUGGAAUUCCUGGAGAAAAAGGCAAAGCAGGUACCAUCUGUGACUGUGGCAGGUACCGGAAAGUGGUUGGACAACUAGAUAUUAGUGUUGCUCGUCUUAAGACGUCAAUGAAAUUCAUCAAGAACGUUAUAGCAGGGAUCCGGGAAACUGAAGAGAAAUUCUACUACAUUGUGCAGGAGGAGAAGAACUACAGGGAAUCUCUGACCCACUGCAGGAUUCGAGGAGGGAUGCUAGCCAUGCCCAAGGAUGAAGUCGUUAACACCCUUAUUGCUGACUAUGUCGCCAAGAGUGGCUUCUUCAGAGUGUUCAUUGGGCUCAAUGACCUUGAGAGGGAGGGGCAAUAUGUGUUCACAGAUAACACUCCAUUGCAGAAUUACAGCAACUGGAAGGAGGGAGAGCCUAGUGACCCCUCCGGCCAUGAGGACUGUGUGGAGAUGUUGAGCUCUGGCAGGUGGAAUGACACAGAGUGUCACCUUACCAUGUAUUUUGUCUGUGAGUUUGUCAAGAAGAAAAAAUAAUUUUCCUCAUGUUACACAGUCACCCUUUCCCUGUGUCUCCUAGUAGUUACUUUUAUCCAUCUUUGCCUUCCUAAUUACAUUGCUUUUGCUAAAAUGACAUAAGGGCUCUGACCCCCACUAUCUUCUUCUGUGUUAAUUGUGACAGUUUUGUACAUGAUGUUUACUUGGAACACUCUUGGAGACCUUUCUCUUGCUUCUCUAUUUAACCCUCUGGCAUAACAGAAGGAAGACACUAGCACUCAGAAGGGGAAGGGAGAGUUAGCUCUGAAACAAUACAAGUUAUAGGCCUUCUGUUAAAUUGUCCCCUGCUAUUCAUGACUCCAUUUUAUUUCAUGAACGUGUUCCUGUAGACAUUCCUCACCUUCAACAUAAAUAAUCAAGAAGGAAGGGUACAAGCCUUCAGAAAACUCUAAAAGUGCUAAAGCGCUACCCUCUCUAGCACUUUAGCACUUUUAGAGUCCCUCCCCCUUCCAGCUAAUACGUCAUUCAUGGAGAAAUUUUAUGGGAGGCCUUUCACUCUCUGUAAAUUAACGUUGAUGGAGAUGCCCUUUCUAUUAUUUUGACAUCACAGAGAUAUGUCUGGCACAGCAUUUGGAAUGUGCUGAGAGUCCUCAUUGGCUGAGUUGGCAACAGUUUACCUUGAGUUGCAGAUCAAACCUCAAAGCAGCUUUAAUCUGGCAUUUGAAAAUAAGCAGUUGAACAAAACUCUAGCUUCUCUCCUUAGAAACGGAUGCCCGGCUUAUGGGUUGUGACACAUGAUUAGAUUGUUUAAAAUGCUGGCAAAACAGUUAAUGAAACAAGAGAAACAGAUCAACAACAUAUGUUCUCCUUAAACCAUCUGUUUAUGACUUUGCCCAUGACUAACUGGUGGUGAGAAGGGAUUACUGGCAUUGGCUAUGUGAAUUCACCAAGACUCACAAGUCCGCGUCCUACAGACUCCAGAAAGAUGACAUAGCUAGAUGACCUGGGAGGGGUGAGGUCCCUAAUUGACUAGUCACAGUCGGCUCUUUGAAGGAGCCAACUACUUUCCCGCUGCUGUUGAUGCCACCAAAAAGCCAGAAUCACUGCAUUUGAACUGAAGUCAAACGGUGGGAACUUUAGAAUUCCAUAUUUCCAAGUGUUGACAAUUAAUCAAUAUCUAACCUAGACUGUAAGACCUACAGAUGUCUGUUAACCAAAUUAUGAACUUUCCAUUUCCACCUCUGGGGAAAGUUCUGAAAGUGCUAAUUGUGCCAAGUGUCAUUAGGAAAUGAUGACUUCAACAUCAGGUCCCCCAUAAUGACUUAUUCAGUUCAGCUCAAUAGGAGAAAUUUGUUAAAUCUUUGACAUUUAUCAGGUUAUUAAAGGAGUUACAGAGUCUCUUUUGAGGAUGUGGCAUAGGGUAUUCUGAAGGCCGAUCAGUUUAAUAUAAUUACAAAUCAAGGCAUCACGCCAAAUACCAGCCAAGGUCUCAGAGAACUGGAACACUCAGAAACAUGUGGAGAAAAAGAAAAGGCUGAAAGAAGAGAGAGGCAGCCAAGAGCAAACCCAGCCUAGGGCGGCUCCUGUUGGAUUCAUGUUUACAAUUGCUCUGAGUCCCUGAAGUCUGAAUAUUUUGAACAUAUGGCAAAUGCUAUCAUUUCCAUUAUAAAUUUUUAAUGUUAACAAUCAUUCUCUCAGUAACUCAUCUCAGUUUGGAAGACACUUCUCAGAGCAGAUGACAGUUUCAAGGAAUAAGAUCUAUCCAUUUCUGCCUGGAAGAACUUCUUAAGACAUUGCAUCAGAACUCCAUGAAAAUGAGUACCUUUUUCUAUUUGUUUUUCAAGUGAGAGUGUCAGUAUAUAACCCAGGCUGUACUUGAACUCGAAAUCUUCUUGCCUUAUCCUCUUGGAUGCUGGGUGACAGCUAUGCAAUUCUGAGCCCAGCUGAAAAUAUACCAUUCAAUGUGUUCUCUUUUAGGAAAAGCUCUAUACUUCCUUGCUCAAUGCAGGGAUGUUUACUGCCAUUUUUCAGUGAAAACAGUGCAGCUGUAAGAAACAAAGAUAUUAACAAAUUGGUGAUUUGGGGGAAAAGCAAGUUCCUAUCCUGGUAUAAGCUGAAAGUUCCCAAGAAUGCAUAUUUAGAAGGUAGCAAGGUCUGUGUGCUGGGGUGUGGGGAGUUGAGAAAUGAAGUGAACAGAAUCCCUGAAGGCACUGCCUACAGAGGCUGAGAGAAGGUUGGUGGUGUGGGUUCAUUUAGGGUGAUAUGCCUGUAUCAGCACUGAGCAAAAGUUCAAACUCUAGAUCUGGCCAUCACAGCUGCCUAAAUGUCAUUGCUGACUGUGACUCUUCCUAGCCAUGUUCUAGGGCUAAUUUAAAUGUCCUUUACCUUAUCAUUUUCUCUUCAUAGAGAACCGUGACAGCUAAGGAGGAGUUAGGGUGAGGUAUUUGGAAGAGUAUCAACUAGACAAAGAUAUGAGUGCCACAAGACUCAGACAUUACUACUAACUACAUGCACUAUGGGGUAUGUGAAAGAAACAAAGAGAUAUAUAAAAUAUUUUGAUAUAUAUUUACUUAAGUAAAUGUAAGUGUACAUCGGUAUAUCAUAAAUGGAAAAACCUAUAUUUAAUUACAUAAAAUAUGAGUUCUAGAAUACAAAAGUAAAAUCACGGGCAUCUGGAGGGAUAUCUCAGUGGCCAACAGCCCAUGGGAACUCCAGUUAAGUUCCCAGAAUCCACAUUAUGUAGUUAACACUUGUCUGUAAUUCCAACUUCAAGGGAUCUAACACCUGAGGUGGAAGUUUCCGGUUUCUUUAAAAAUCACAAUUAUGUCAUGUAAUGUUUCCUGGAAGCUGUUUAGUGAGAAGGCAUAUGAUGUUUUGCUGAAAACAGACACCUGAGAGGGCAUGUAAUGUUUAGAAAGCAUAUAAAUGAAUCCCCACAAGCAGUGAAAAGUUGCUCUUGCAUUGCAACAUUGUGCCAUGCUUUGCUAGUCUUUGCUGGCUGUGUAACACUUUGCUAGUUUUGGCUGAUCUUUGUUUCUUGACUUUGUAGAGUAAAACAAGCCAAAGACCUUCUCAUUGUAUUCUAGCUGAUUCUGACCAUUUAUUUUGACUUGUGGCAAUUCAGCCCAGCCUUGAAGUUUCUUCUGGAUCAUGCUACUACUAGUAAUUCAUGUUUGAUGUAUGUUAUUAGACUGGACUGCUGCUAUCCUGACAAUGAAGAGUGGAAUCACCCUAAAGAACUACUUCUAAACAGGUCCCCAACCCCUUUUUCCUAUUAACCAUCUUUCUCCCCUACCUCUGGUUCAGGGGGCUAGAAUGAAGAUUGAUGCAUUUAAGAACCCUAAAUAAAGUAGAUUUUGAUGAA